CUACGACAACAUACAAGCCAUAUCUGGAAUUGCAACCAUACUUCCCCGGAUGCCUCCAAUGGCAGCCACGGCCAUCCUCCUCCUAGCAAACCCUGCUUCCUAUGGAAACAUCCUCUGUGGUUUCUCAACAGAAUGCAUCGAAAAAGAUGCUUUGAUGACACUUCCGUCACGAUUAAUUAAUGCCACGCUUGCUUCUGGGAAGAUUGUCUUCUGCUACAAUCCUGCACCUAUGACGACAAUAUCACCAAUCUUCUACACCUCUAAGGUUGUGAAAUAUGCCAAGGAGGCUGGUGCAAAGGGGAUCAUUCUUGCCACAUAUGCUUUUGAUAUGCUAGAUGCCUUCGAAAUCUGUGGCAGCAUGCCAUGUGUUCUAGUGGACUUCGAUGUUGCAACGGGCUUGUAUUACGCUCUCGUUCAAAACACUGAACUGGUAGUUAAGGUGACCCCUGAUCUUACAUGGUUAGGGAAUGGAGUGCUUGCUCCAAAAAUCUCAACAUUCUCCUCCAGAGGACCCAGUCCACUUUUUCAAAAGUUCCUCAAGCCUGAUGUUGCGGCACCUAGAUCUAAUAUCUUGGCAGCUGUCAAAGAUCCAUACACGUUCAAGUCAGGAACUUCAAUGGCAUGCCCACAUGUGUCAGGUGUAGCUGCAUUACUCAAAGCAUUGCAUCCAGAUUGGUCUCCUGCUAUCAUCAAAUCAGCAAUAGUGACUACAGCAAGUAAUGAUCGAUUUGGCUUACCAAUAUUGGCUGAUGGGUUACCUCAAAAGCCAGUAGAUCCAUUUGACUAUGGUGGCGGCUUCAUUGAUCUAAACAGAGCUGUUGAUCCUGGCCUAGCAUAUGAUGUUGAUCCAAAAGACUAUAUCCCAUUCCAUGAUUGUUUUUUAGCUGGCAACUCAAGCUGUGAAUCAGAAUCCAGAAAUCUGAACAUUCCAUCAAUUGCGAUCCUAAAUCUAAAGGAACCAACAACUGUGCUAAGAACAGUGACAAAUGUAGGCCAAGCUGAUGCAAUUUACAAGGCUGUUGUGCAAUCUCCUCCGGGCAUGCAGAUAUUAGUAGAGCCAUCCAUUCUAAAAUUCAGCGCUGGCAUGAAUAAGCAGAGCUUCAAGGUCACAUUCACCACGACACACAAGGUUCAAGGUAACUACCUGUUUGGUAGCCUAGCUUGGCAUGAUGGCGGCGCUCACUAUGUCAAGAUCCCCAUUGCAGUUCGACCUGUUUUAUCCAACAAUUAUUAUUCAGAUGUCUGAUGAAGCCUCCGACUACAAGUCAUUGAGAGGUUCUGUGGAGCUUGCCUCAUCCUAUUUUGGCCCCCUCAAAGUUGAAUUUGUUGGCCUCGCCAAGACAUUUAUGUUUGUCUGUAAUUUGUGUUUUCCAUAUACUCUGUGAUAUCUUGUAUUGUAUACUCUGUGAUACCUCGUAUUGUAUAAAGAUAUGAGUGAAAUAAUAAUGAAUAAAUGAGGGGC